AUGACAAUGUCUGUUUUUCGAGUCAAUCCUGAAUAUGCGAAAAUCACAGAAAUUGUUCCCGGAUUGUUGAUCUGUGGUGUCAGUUCCUUAAAUCCGAUACUGAUUUCAAGUUAUCAUAUUACUCAUAUUAUCAAUGCUACAAAUGAGGUGCCAAAUUUGAAAAGUUUGAGUAAUUAUGAAAGAAUCAAGUUGUGGAUUGAUGAUACUCCUGAUACUUACAUCUAUCCUCACCUUGAAAUUCAAAGUGAUCAGAUCCAGUCGAUAAUCGCAGAUGGUGGUAGAGUCUUAGUGCAUUGUGUGGCUGGGGUGUCGCGUUCGGCGUCUAUUUGCUUGGCUUAUCUUACCAAGUAUCACUGUCGAUCUUUACGAGAUGCUUAUCAUCUAAUGGCUAGUAAAAGACCGCUAGUCAGACCAAAUAUUGGCUUUUGGCGACAAUUAAUCUCAUUUGAACAGGGUAUCAAAGAAACCUUUGGUUCAGUGAGGCUGAUUCGAGAUGCAGCUCAAGAUCAUGCCCUCUUGCCUGAUGUAUACUUGAAGGAAGUCAUUCCACAACGAGAUGAGGCAUGA